CUUUAAAACUUUCAACUGGAGAAAUAAUAAAAACUCCAAAUGUAAUCCGAGCCAUUGCUCCAUCAAGUAUAAUUAGAUAGUACAAACAGUACUGUGAGGAAGAAAACAUUGUGCCCCUUGGAACAAGCACUAUGUACAAGAUACUAGAUGAAUGUGCAGCAUCUUUCAGGAAGUCCGUUGAAGGCAUAGAUUAUUUCAUCGCUGAAGGAGGCCGGGCUUUUAAUGACCUUGAGGGGAUUCUUGACAAAGUAGAAAUUACUCAAGAGAAAACAAAAGAAUUAAAGACCAAACUAGUUGAGGCAAAAAGAUACAUGAAAUCAGAUUUCAAGGUACAUUUAACAGAAGAAAAUCCAGUACCUGAUCACUGCAUUGGUUUUGCCUUGAGUGACAAAGAAUCUUGUUUCAGGAGGGACUGUAUAAAUCACAUACACACUGAAACAUGUUUGAACUGUGACACUAUUGAAAGCUUAUUCAAGGAAAUCCAGACCUUAGCAGAUGAAGCUGUCUUUGAAAAUAAGGAAGCUGUCUUAUUCCAGGUUGAAAAGGCUGUAUCAGAUAUCCAGGAGUGGAAAAUGCACUUAAUCAGAUCCCGAAACCAGAAUAGAGCAAGAACCAAAAUUCUUUCGGACAUGGAUGAUAACGAGUGCCUUAUUAUUGCUGAUUGGGCUAUGAAAUUUCUGCCACGGAGGUAUAGAGAAGGACAAACUGAUUGGUUUGCCAAGCGUGGCUUGAAUUGGCAUAUAAGUGUUGCUUAUAUGAAAGGUGAAGAUGAACAGCUGACAAGUACAACAUAUGUGCAUAUUUUUGAUACACCUGCUUCACAGGAUUCAGCUACAACAUCAGCAGUGUUAGAAGAUGUAGCCAAAGAUUUGCUUGCUGAAUUACAUCCUAAAGCUAUCAAGUUCCAUUUAUGGUCUGAUAAUGCUGGCUGCUACAAGAGCAGCAAUACAAUUAUAACACUGCAUCAACAGUUAGGAAAUAAUUUAAUUUCCUAUGAUUUUUGUGAUACCCAGGAUGGAAAAGGGCCAUGUGACCGCAAAUCAUCACACAUAAAAUCAUCAAUAAAGCGGUAUAUAAAUGAAGGGAAUGAUGUUCUUAGUGCCAAGCAAAUGAAGCAGGCAAAAGACUUCAAACAAUUUGCUGGAAGCACAUACAAAGUUAAAGUGGUUGAUGUAGUUAUUGAUGUUGAAAAGAGUGCAGCUGUCAAACCAAUACCUGCAAUAUCAUCAUAUCACAACUUUCAAUUCAGCAAAGAUGGUGUUACUGUGUGGAAAGCCUAUGGUAUUGGAAAAGGAAAAGUUUUCCCAUGGGCUAAAAUCUUCAAAGAAAAUAUUAAAGUAACAGAAAUGAAAACGGUUGCUAACUGGACAAAUUCCAUUGUUGUUCUUCCUUCUAUCAACAUGCCAAAGACAAAUGCUAUUAAAGAUUUAUUUUAUUGUCCAAAUGAAGGUUGUGUACGAACAUUCAGCAGGAAUUCUAGCUUAGAUCAGCAUGUUAUGCUAGGAUUCUGUGACUUCAGACAGGAAAAGCAACCUCUGUCAGACAGAGCAAAGUCAAUGUAUGCUGAAAAAGUUAAAGAAAGUGCAAGCUUUGCUGGUUCUAUCACACUUGCUUCUGACAACACUCAAAGUGAAUCAUCUUCAUCAGAGUUAGAACAAGGGUGGGCUUUGAAACUUCGGAAAUCACAAGUGCAAUUCAGUGUUCAUCAGAAAGAAUAUCUUAUUCAAAAAUUUGACAAAGGAAACCAAACUGGAAGAAAGGAGGACCCAGUUGUAGUUGCUGAUGAAAUGCGUAAUGAAAAAACAGUCACUGGAAAAUACAGAUUCAGCAGAAAUGAAUACUUGACUGCACAACAGAUCACCAGCUUCUUUUCAAGGGAAGUACAGAAGAGAAAAAGAAUGGACAGUAAUGACUUUACAGCAGCCAUAGAGGAGGAUAACAAAUCCAAUCUAAAAAAAGUCAUUUUGCAAAAAAUAUCUUAAAAGUCAAUAUUGUUUGAUGGUUGACAUUUUGUACUCUCAAGUUUAAAAUCAAAUCAAUUAAAAUUAAUUAUUAAUGUAAAAUUUAAAAAAAUUCUUGAUGACAUACAAAUCUCAUUCUUUACAAAAAUACAAAGUUUGAAAUUAACAAACAUUCAACUAUUAUAUGAUUUAUAUAAGUAUAUCAUAUAUUUAGAAAUUUUUUAGGAGGUGAUACCUUUUUCAAAUUUUAGAUUAAAGUACAACAUUCUUAAUGAGAUUGUUAUGAAAUCAAUGGAAUUAUAACAAAACAAAUAUAUAUCUGAUAAACCUGUGAUAAAAUUAAAGUAAUAAAAAAUAAGUUUAACAUUAUUCUAAUUUAUCUUGUCAGCUAGGUUAUUUCUCAGGAUUUAAAUCCUUUAAUAAGCCCCUCUAAACAACAACUUAAGUUAUGGGAUACCAGUUCAAUGUACACAAAAAUGUAAAUUUUUUAUCAGCAGACAUUUUUCUAAAAGAUUGGACUUUCUUUCUUCCUCACAAAAAAGUGGUUGCCUUAAAUUUAACACUUUAAGGCGAAAUUCAUCUUUAAACUGAGGGAAAUAAUCUUUUUUUAUUUACAGUGUCUACCCUAUUCAAUAUUGAAAUUGAAAAAAAAAUCAAGUUUUGGUCAAAUGUUGGUCUUCAUAAUAAAUAAUGAUAAUAGUAAUCAUUUUUACAUUUCUGUUGGUUCUUAGUUUGUUUCCAUUAAGGUUAUAUAUUUGCUGAUAAAAAAGAGUGCUUAUCCAGAAAUCUAUUUAACUAAUUCAAUCACUACAGCAUUGAUCAAUCGUUUUUUGGAACAAGUAUUUGGAUUUUUAUUUUAAUACAUUUCCUAAAAAAACACUAGCCAUGAUACAUAUAUACUGU